ACAGCAGCUGCCAGUAUAUAAUACAAUGGGGAGGACUUCCAAACCCUUUCUUUAGAAAAUAUUUCUGGAUUUGAAUAGGUUUUUGUUUUUUUUAAUUUCUAAAUAGAUUUAUUUUUCUCUAAACCAACAUGGCAACUUUUGAUGAACUUUUGGAACACAUCGGGGAGUUUGAUGCCUUUCAAAAGCAGAUAUUUAUACUUUUGUGUUUCAUAUCAGUUGUGUUUUCCCCCAUUUACGUGGGCAUAGUUUUCCUAGGCUUUGUACCUGAUUACAGGUGUGUUAGUGCUGGGAUUCCGGAACCAAGCAACGAGUGUGAAUGGACACUUAACUAUACAGGACCAAAUGGCUCUACUGAUUCUUUAUAUAUGAGUCAGUGUUAUCAGUAUGAUGUAGACUGGAAUAGCACAUCUCUGAACUGCACAAAUUCAUCAUUAAAUAUCACCAGCAAGCUGCCAAUAACAAACUGUAAAGAUGGAUGGGAUUAUAACACCACCGGAUCAUCCCUUGUAACAGAGUUUAAUCUUGUUUGUGGUGACUCCUGGAAGUUGGACUUUUUUCAAUCAUGUGUCAACAUCGGAUUCUUUAUUGGCGGCUUGAUCAGUGGAUAUAUUGCAGACCGAUUUGGCCGCAAACCAUUUCUGAUAUCUUCUAUCUUAAUUACUGGUAUUUUUGGAAUUUUGAUGGCGUUUGCUCCCAACUACCCCUUAGUUGUCACUUUCCGUUUUAUUCAGGGGUUUGUCAGCAAAGGGUGUUGGCUGUCAGGCUAUAUACUAGUUGCAGAGUUUGUUGGUUUGGAACACAGACGGACAGUUGGAAUCGUCUACCAGGCUGCAUUUACUGUUGGCCUUCUGCUGCUCUCAGGAGUGGCCUAUGUCCUCCCACACUGGAGAUGGUUGCAGAUGACAGUCACAAUACCAUAUUUCUUUUUCUUGGCAUAUUACUGGUGUGUGCCAGAAUCACCCCGGUGGCUCAUCUCACAGAAUCGAAAGGCAGAAGCCAAAGCCAUCAUCCACACAAUUGCCAAAAAAAAUGGGAAAAUGGUUCCAGAUUUUUUAGAGAGUCUAACGGCUGAUGAAGAAGCUGGUGAAAAGCAAGUUCCAUCUUUCUUGGACUUAGUCAGGACCCCUCAGAUCAGGAAGCACACUUUGAUUCUGAUGUACAUAUGGUUCACAUGUGCUGUAGUUUAUCAAGGUUCAAUUAUGCACAUGGGAUCUACUGCGGAAAACAUUUACUUUGACUUCUUCAUCUCUGCCCUUGUUGAAUUUCCUUCUGCAAUAUUAAUAAUUGUCACGGUGGAUCGUGUUGGCCGGCGUUACCCGUGGCUAGUGUGCUGCAUUAUAACAGGAAUUACUUGUCUAAUUACUGCAUUUAUUCCACAUGGAUAUUCCUGGUUGAUAAUUACAUUGUCCUGUGUGAGCAGAAUGGGGAUCACUGUUUCAUAUGAAAUGGUUUGUUUGGUCAAUGCUGAGCUCUACCCAACCUUCAUAAGGAAUCUCGGUAUAAUGGUUUGCUCAUCAAUGUGUGAUCUUGGUGGUGUCAUUACGCCCUUUAUUGUUUACCGAUUAGCUGCUAUUUGGCAAGAACUACCACUUAUUGUAUUUGCUGUACUUGCGACUGUUUCUGGCAUCCUGGUGUACUUUCUCCCAGAAACCAAGGGAAGAGCACUUCCAGAGACAAUUGAAGAAGCAGAAAAUUUGCACAAGCAAGUGAAAACAACAAAAUUGGCAACAACCUACUUGGAAGUUAGUAAAGUGGAUCUAUGAAUGUGUUUUGCUGCUGUAAAGUUUUUUUUCUGUUAGUGUAAAACAAUAAAUUAAACUAUAACUCA